GAAAGGUCGGACCCGUUAAAACUUCGUGGCGGUUUUCACAUCAUGGGCGACAACGUCCAGGUCGCGGUGCGCGUCCGGCCCUUCAAUGAGCGCGAGCGGGGCAUGAACAGCACGUCCUGCAUACGUAUGGUCAAGGAGACGCAGCAGACGAUCAUCACCGACCCCGAGACCAACGUCGACAAGUCGUUCACGUUCGACUUUAGCUACGACUCGUUCUCACCACCCGGUGACCCGCAGCACGCUUCUCAGGACGUGGUCUGGGACGACCUCGGUAUCAAGGUGCUUGAGCACGCGUGGACAGGCUUCAACGUGAGCCUCUUUGCGUACGGCCAAACAGGCGCCGGCAAGUCCUUCUCGAUGGUGGGGUACGGCGACGACAAGGGCAUCAUUCCCCGCGCGUCCCAAGUCAUCUUCGAGCGCAUCAUGUCCAGCGACGCGGCCGAGAUCAUUUACAAAGUGGAAGCAAGCAUGAUGGAGAUCUACAACGAAAAAGUCAAAGACCUCUUCAACCCGUCCUCGGACAACCUCAAGGUCCGUGACCACCCGAGCCAAGGGCCGUACGCCGACGGCCUCACGCGCAGCGCUGUCUCAACAUACGAAGAAAUCACCGCGCUCAUGGACGCUGGCAUCAUGGCGCGCACGACCGCGUCGACCAAUAUGAACGCAACGAGCUCGCGCGCGCACACGAUCUUUCAGAUCAUCGUGACGCAGAGUCGCGUCGAUCCAACGACCAACAAAAUGACAGACAAAGUGAGUCGGAUCAAUCUGAUCGACUUGGCUGGCAGCGAGCGCGCGGCAAGCACGGGUGCUACUGGCGCGCGUCUAAAAGAAGGUGCAGCCAUCAACCAGUCGCUGUCGGCGCUUGGCAACUGCAUCUCGGCGCUUGCCGACAAUGCCAGUGGCAAGAAAAAGAUACUCGUGCCCUACCGCAACUCCAAGCUGACGCACUUGCUCAAAGACUCGCUUGGCGGCAACGCCAAGACGAUCAUGAUUGCCGCGCUCAGCCCCGCCAGCGUCAACUACGCCGAAACGCUGAGCACCCUUCGGUAUGCGGACCGCGCCAAGCAAAUCAAGAACCAAGCCGUCGUCAACGAAGACCCGAACCAGCUCCUGAUCCGCCAACUCAAGGAAGAGCUCGAGCAGCUUCGAAAGGCCAUGAUUGAGAACGGCGGUUUGGACGCUCGCCCUGGCUCGCGCAUGAGCUCGCGGGACGAGGCGCACCGCCCCGACUCGCGCGGCGGCGAAGAAAAGACGGCCGAAGCGCUGCAAAAGGAGGAAGAGCUAGCUGCGAUCCGCGAGCAGCUCGAGGAGAACCAGCGCUUAUUGAAAGAGAGCGAAAAGUCCUGGACCGACCGGCUCAAGGAGACGGAAGAGCUCGCCAAGAAACGCGAGGACCAGCUGAAAGCGAUUGGGCUUGCGACCAAUGUGAACGACAUUCGAGCCAAGGCCAAGACGGAGCCGCACUUGAUCAACCUCAACGAAGACCAGCAAAUGAGCGAAAAGCUCUUCUACUUUAUCACAAUGGGGACCAACAAGGUCGGGCGCACCGACGCCGACGAGCCGCAAUCGAUCAUUUUGGGCGGUCUCGGCAUCCUCAAGCAGCACUGCGUCAUUGAGCGCUCCGAAACUGCGCUCUCUAUUUCAAUACAGCCAGGCGCGAACGUCUAUGUGAAUGGCGAGCCAGUCAAAGACGGCGACAUCCGCGAGUUCGCCCACAACGACCGCGUCACCUUGGGCAACGCCAACGUCCUUCGGGUGGUCAUUCCAAGCGCGCGUGUCGAACCCGCACUCGACGAGACGAUUUAUGACUGGCAGUUUGCCAUGAAGGAGCUCAACUGCAAACAAAUGGAUUUGAAAGAAGACAAGGGCGAGACUGACAAGGAGCUCGCGGAAAUGGAGUCGCGUAUCAAAGAGAUGGAAGAGCGAAUGCGCGAAGAGCGCGAGGCCGCCGAGCGCAAGGUCCAAACACAAAAAGACGAGUGGGACGCGCACGUCAAGCAGAUGCAAGACGACAUGAAGCUGCAGGAGGCGAACUUGAAGCUCCAAUUGCAGCAGUCCGAGGAGGGCGGCAACGUUGAUAAGAGGAAGCUCGCGACGCAGCUCGCCGAACAAGAGACCAAACUGGCCGAAGAAAUGGCCAAAGCCGAAGUCGCCUACGAAAAGAAGCAGCUCGAGCUCGUCGAGAAGCAGCGCGCGCUCGAAAAAAGCCUCCAGCUGCAAAUGCUCGAGACCAAGCUCCUCGCGGAAAAGAAGGAGCGCGAGCAGGCCGAGCGCGCGCUCCUCUCGCAAGAGCUGCUGCAUACGAUCCCGCUCGUAAAGGAAGCCAACAUGAUCAGCGACGAGCUCCAAAAGCACGUGGGGUUUGCAGUCAAAUUGCUUCCCACAAAGCCCGACUUGCACAGCACCGCGGUCGCGCUUGCCGACACGAUUGGUACGGAAAUCAAAAUCCAAGUUUCGUUCCAGGACGCCGGCACGUACCGCACCGUGCUCUGGGACAUUGAAAAGUUCAACAACAUGAUCUACGAGAUGCGCGAGCUCUACCAAGUAUUUAUCGAGCGCGGCCGGAUGCUGGAAGCCGUCCACGUACCAGACGGCGGCAUCGACCCGUUUUACGAGCCGCCGAGUCCGCAGCUCAUUGGCCGGUCGUACAUUUUUCUGAGCAGCCUUGUCUACGGACUCAAGAUUACGGAUACCUUGCCGAUUCUCGACUCGCGCGGUGUCGUGUGUGGGAAGCUGCUCGUCGAGAUCACACCAACUAUAUUGACCCACGCGUGGCAAGAGCAGCAACGCAACUUGAUUGCUGCCGGCGGCGAGCUCAUUCCGGUGCCGACACUGCGGUCCUUCCCGAAUACGAACCUUCGCGUGCACUUUACCAUCGUGUCGCUCGCGGGCAUUCCCGGCAAGCUCUGCCGCGAUGUCUUUGUCGCUUACAAGUGGUUUCAUGACGAGACGAACCAUGUCUCGGAGGUCUCGGCGACGCCGUCCGUGGACCCGCAGCUCAACUUUGUCGAGUGCCUCGAGACGCUAAUUUCGGACGAGCUUGUGGCGUACCUCGAGUCGACGCCGGUCGAGGUAUCCGUGUUUGGAAACGUACCGAGCAGCUCGCUCAAGACGCUGCCGCACGAAGUGCUGUCGCUCGAGGAGAAGAGUGGGAAGAAGGAAACAGUGGCCGAGUCGGUGGAGAUGCUCCAAGACUCGCUGCACUCGGCGGAGAUGCGCAUGGAGAUGCAGGAGAAACUCCUCGUCGACAACUCGAUGGAGCUCGAGCACCACCACAUUGAAGUCGACGGCCUCCGCUCGAGUCUUGUGACGGUCCAAGCCGAGCGAGACCAGCUCCUCGAGCUCGUCUCGCAGCUGCAAAAGACAAACCGCAACAUGAAAGAGCAGCUCGGCGCCCGCGUCUACGAGUCUGAGUCGGCGCCGAUGCAAAACACAUCGAAAAAUACCGUUGAAUUGACAAGUGUGAGCUGCCAAACCGAGGACGAGCUACUGGCGUCGGACGACGGCCACAAGCACCGGCACCGGAAGCGAAAGAAGAAGGUCGUUGCCAUCGAGACAACGGACGACACGAGCAGUGCGUUUGACAACUUAGCGAUGGAAGGCUCACCCGUCGAGCCGUCCGAGCAGUCGAGUAUGGACUGUACCGAGUCAGACAUCGAGAAGCCAAUGCCUUGCGCUCCAGAGCCACCACCAGUCGCCGCGCCCGCACCGGUACCCGAGGUCGAAGUGUCCGCGCCCGUAGCGGACGACGCACCGCCACCUAGUGGAGUGCCAGAGGCAUCUCAGAGCAAACCGAGGGGCUCGGUCGUCGCCAAGAGCACCGCCAAGGUCCACGUUCUCAACGAAGUGCCGUCUGCACCGCCGAGAAGCCACCACUCGGUGAACGAAAAGCCGCUCGUCGUGGCGGUGGACACGGUCAUUGCGACCCAGAAAGGCAAGGAGAAAGGCAAGUGUGUCGUUCAAUAACUAACUUAUUCACGCAUCCGACAUCGUCGCUCACUUUGGCAAAGAUUCCAUGUUGCACUUUCCACAAUUAAAAACGCUUUCGGAAGUGCCUUUGAG